CUUCCUCCUCUUCUCGCCUGCUCCACCACCACACCGCUUUCCCGCUCCGCCUCCCCUCCGAUCUCCGUACACGCCGGCGAGCGGGGCCCACUGACAAGCCACCCAGUCAGGCACCAAGCCGCCGCCGCCGCCACCCCCAGGUUGCACGCGCCGCCGUCAUUAGGUCCCCAGUCCUUCCAUCGCCGCUGGCUUCGCCUCCCGAUCUGUUAACUAGCGAAUCUCCUCCGAGAGGGGCCCGUCCCGCCGCAGCCGAACCCAGCGCCGCCACCGGCGCCGCAAGGUACCCUCGCGUCAUCCUCACGCAGUCGCUGUUCAAGUGGUGAACUCGCGCUCCCCCCGCGCCGCCGCCGCGCUCGGCUACCGCGAGUCUCCGGAAGCUUCCAUACCCUAGGGUUGGGCAGAGAGAGCAGGGAGUCUAGGCCUCUCCAUCCGCUGGGAUCGAGGGAGGGAUGCGCGGAUCGGGGCGGCGGGCGCGGCUUGGAUGUUCAGCCGCAUGAGGUGCCUCGUCGGCGGCGGCGUCCAGGACAGCCCGCGCUCAGCGGCCAAGAGGGUCUCGCCGGCGUCGUGGCGGGUGGACACCGCCGCAGCAGAAGCAGCCGCGGGAGCUGGGGGCAAGGGACCGGUGAUCUGCUUCAGGCCGCCGGAUGUGAUGGAGACGGUGCACGAGGUGGCCAUUUACAUCCACCGCUUCCACAACCUCGAUCUGUUCCAGCAGGGAUGGUACCAAAUGAAGAUUAGUGCAAUGUGGGAGGAAGGUGGCACCAAAACACCGGCUUCACCUGCCAGGGUCGUCCAAUACGAAGCUUCUGAUGUUGGUGCGGACGAUGCGCUAGGCGUUUGGAAAAUAGAUGAUGUCGAUAAUAGCUUCUACACACAACCGUUUCGGAUCAAGUAUGCGAGACAAGACAUCUAUCUAUCGGUUAUGGUGUCUUUCAACAUAUUCAACAGUGAAGAAGAGGGUCCAGCAGCUUCAGCUGUGAUGUUGAAGUUCGAGCUGAUUUAUGCCCCGACACUUGACAAUGGGUCUGAGAUUCAAUCUUCUAGUGUCGCAUCUUCAGCAGCUGUGCAUGAAUUUAGGAUCCCACGCAGAGCUCUCCUGGGUCUACACUCCUACUGUCCGGUUCACUUUGAUGCGUUCCACGCUGUGCUUGUUGAUCUGACGUUACAUAUAGUGUACCUGAAAGCUGGUGCAACUAAACCAUCAUUGAAGGUACCAGACCAAGGUUUAGGUCCUACGUCAUAUCACAUUGUAAAGGCGUUAUUAACUUCUAGGAAAAUGUUGCUUGAAGAAUUGAAGAAAAUCAGUGAUGCUAUUGGUAAGAGAAUAGAGGAUUUAGAUGGUGCUGACUUGAAUCUUGGUAAAUAUGAGUCAGUUAAUCCGACAAAUUCCGGGCUACCUAAUUCCAGUAAAGUGUUCCCUGCAACUGGCAAGGGUGUUGGACAGUUGGCUGGAAUUUUACAUGAAUUUUUAGAGAGACCCAAUGAUGUGGUUAAUGGUACAGAAGAUUCUAUGCUGUAUACUCUUCCCAAGGAAGAGCUGUUAGAAUUGUUUCUAACUGUGAGCGGCCAACUUUCACUUCUAUGGAAUGCAUUCUUGAAAUUUCAUAGGAUAAACAAAACAAAGAUAUUGGACUACUUGCAUGAUGUUUGGGCUAUUGACAGGAAGGCAGAAUGGUCAAUAUGGACUGUUCACUCAAAAAUUGAGAUCCCUCAUCGCUAUUUGCGGAGUAUGAAUGAUGACUCAUCUCACCGUCAUUCCCUUCUUAGAGUUUCUGGUUCAAGGAAGUUCCAUGAUGAUCCUGUACAGAACUCUGCUUCACGAGCUGAACUACAUAGGAAAAGCAUAGCACAGAUGAAGAUCAAUACACAGUCUGUUCAAGAUAUGCACAUAUAUGCUGAUCCUUCACGUGUUCCUGUUGUUCUUAUAGAACAACAUGUCAUGGUUGUUCCGCAGCAUGGUUCCAGCAAGGAUCUGGCUCUGGAUGCUUCGGAACAAACAGAUACUAUUGUGCUACCUAAACUACAAGGAGACUCUUUGGCACCCAAAAGUAGUUCUGGUAAAAAAAGUGGACGCAUCUUGCGAGCCAUCAUUUUUGUGCAUGGUUUUCAGGGUCACCAUUUGGAUUUACGUCUUGUUAGAAAUCAAUGGCUUCUAUUGGAUCCUGGAGCUGAUUGCCUAAUGUCUGAGGCUAAUGAAGAUAAAACAUCUGGAGACUUCAAAGAAAUGGGUAGCAGGCUGGCUGGGGAAGUAGUUGCCUUCCUGAAAAAGAAAAUGGAUAAGCUUUCAAGAUAUGGAGGCUGCAAAGAGCUGAAGUUAAGUUUUGUUGGUCAUUCCAUUGGGAACAUCAUCAUUAGAAGUGCCCUGGCAGAGCCUGCAUUACAACCAUACUUGAAGAAUCUCUACACUUACAUGUCAAUAUCAGGGCCUCAUUUGGGUUACUGGUACAGUUCAAAUUCUUUGUUCAAUUCUGGACUCUGGCUGCUAAAAAAGCUCAAGGGAGCACAGUGCAUCCAUCAACUGACUUUUAGUGAUGAUCAAGACCCCCAGAAUACGUACUUUUAUAAGCUCUGCAAGUUAAAAACAUUGGAGAACUUCAAAAAUAUCAUAUUGCUGUCGUCACCACAGGAUGGUUAUGUGCCAUAUCAUUCCGCGAGAAUUGAGCUCUGCCCAGCUGCAUCAUCUGACACCUCAAAGAAGGGCCAAGUCUUCACAGAAAUGCUCAAUAACUGCUUAGAUCAGAUCCGUGCGCCAUCAUCUGACACCCGGAUAUUCAUGCGCUGUGAUGUGAAUUUCGACCAGUCCAAUCAAGGUCGAAGCCUAAACACUAUGAUUGGCAGAGCUGCCCACAUCGAGUUCCUGGAGACUGACCUCUACGCCAAGUUCAUCAUGUGGUCUUUCCCUGACCUAUUCCGAUGACGAUACAGCUCAUCUUUGUGAUACUCCCACAUACCAAACCAAUAGUGCACACUACUGAGUACUGACCAAGCAAGGAAAAUUAAGCUUGCAUAGCAUAAAUGCUCCACCAGAAUCCAACACCAAGAUGGGUAGCGCUGUAAAGAUCCUAGCAGCAAUUGUUUUCCAGCUUGCUAGAUUCGAUUUGUAUAAAUAGAUGAUUCUUUUUCAGUUCCAUUCAUAGUGCUGUAGAUGGCCACCUUUGCUGUGAAUUCAUAAUCAUUGUUGUCUGGUGUAUUUAAUACUACAGUUUAGGAUGUGCUAACGAUCAGUGAGCUUAUUGUGUCCAAACAAGUGUUUUACGUUUGAUUUUUCA